AUGAGCUUCAGAUUCCUCGCCAGAUCCGCCAGACCUCUCUCGCAAGCGGUCGAGAGCAGAGUACCCUUUUCGUUCAGAGCUGUCCAACAGGGUCGCGCUGUCGUCGCUGUGAGGAACUACUCGGCCACCCCCGAGACUGGCGCAAAGGAGAACGAUGUCGCUGCUGAGAAUGCAGAGAAGGCCGCAGAAGGCGCCAAGGAUGAUCCCACAUUGAAGGAGCUCGAGGCCAAGAAGAAGGAGGUCGCCGACGUCACGGACAAGUGGAAGCGCCAAAUUGCCGAAUACCGCAACCUGCAAGAGCAGACCAAGCGUGAAGUACGCGCAGCCAAGGACUUUGCCCUCCAGAGUUUCUCCAGAGACCUGCUAGACAGUAUUGACAACCUCGACCGCGCUCUCUCGGUCGUGCCCAAGGAGAAGCUUGACGGCAGCAACAAGGAUCUUCUCGACCUCCACUCUGGUCUCAAGAUGACUGAGACAAUCCUCAUGAGCACACUCAAGAAGCACGGCCUCGAGAGAUUCGAUCCUAGCGCCGAGAGUGACAAGUUCGAUCCAAACAUGCACGAGGCCACUUUCCAGACACCCCAACCUGACAAGCAGGACGGCACUGUCUUCUUCUGCCAGUCCAAGGGCUUCACCCUCAACGGCAGAGUCAUCAGACCCGCCAAGGUUGGUGUUGUCAGAAACUCCUAG